CAGGCAGGCAAGAUGGACAUCACCAAGGAUGUGUUAAAGCAGAUGGCAUCGCCUCCAGAAACAAACCUGGCCCUGGCAGAGCUGCAGCUGCAGUGCCUGCAAUGUGUUGUCGCACUCUGUCUCACAAAUUUUGAACAAAACUCCAUGGAGUUCUCCACCAUUUAUGGGGAAGUGAGUGACUGCAUUGAAAAGGCGGCCAACAUCCUGUUCGUCUGUGAGAAUGGCAUGUGGCAUGCAGAGCAAAGUCAGUGGUUCGCCACUGUGUGCUGGAACCUAGCGCUGCAGCCAGAAGCGAAUGCCGAGCAGCAGUUCCGCCUUCUGGGGCACAGUUUCAGGCUAAUGCUCAGUGUCCGCGGCCGCCAAGACGCCACCAAGCGAAUCACCUCCUACGCCAUCAUGGCGACAUUGUCGGGCGUUACCGCUUCCCGGCGCCUGGCAGCUGAUGUACAGCUCAAGGAUGCAAUCCUUAGGGACGUUUAUCAAAUUGCAGAGAAUCUGAAGGAAGUGAACCCGGGCUGGCGCGAGAACAAGCAACUGGCUUUGAUGCUUCUCACGGCCGAGUUUGAAGCUAUCGUCUGUGGAGCCGGAGCACCUAACAGCAAAGCUGUGCUGGCUCAGGUCCUUUCCCUGUCGGGAGACAAUACAGACAUCCUCGAGGGAUUUGUUGCCAUCUGCCAGGAUGCUGGCUGCAGGAAGGGUGCGUUUUCAGUGCCGUUGCUGCGACGCUGCAUUGGUCUCACGGCAGCACAGAAUCAACCGGACCAGUUGGUUAAAUACUACCACCUGCUCUUUCAGGCACUGCUGGAUGCACGUGAUGAGGACGGACUCGUGGCUUGUACUGAUGAAGUUAUCAAGCUGAACUGCUCGACAUUCCCAGAGAUAGAGGCAAGUUAUUUGGUGAAUCUGCACUAGAAGA